AAAAUUAGAGUUAAUGUGAACAACCUGUUACUUCGAAACAAUAAAAAUGAUGUUUGGAAUUACUAUGAAAAUAAUAUAGACAGCGGUAUAGCCAGGUGCAAGACAUGCAAUGGCACACUGAAAAACAAUAGAGUUUCAAACUUAAAAACACACUUAUUGAAGAUGCAUAAUCUAAACCUAUCAGUUAAAAAAAUUCAACCGAUCGAAUCAGCCUCAUCCGAGGCGGAUUCAGUGCAUUCUGUCAAAAUAAUACCCAAGGAAAUAUUAAAAAUUAAUGUGAAUAGAAAACAGUUACUUAGAUCUUUUAUUGGUCUUGUGACCGAAGACUGCAUACCCUUAAAGGUGUUGGAUUCACCGAACAUGAGGAAUAUCAUUGGCCCGAUUUGCGACGGGCUGGAAGCUGCAGCUGGAAAGCCAAUGAGCUUAAAGGCCUCAAGCUGCAUUAAACAUAUGCAAUUGGUUGCAUCUAACAUAAGACUUGACAUCAAAACUGAAUUGAAAAACAAGCUGUUGUCAUUCAGAAUAGAUAGUGCCUCGCGGCUAUGCAGAAAUAUAGUGGGAAUCAGUGCACAAUUCCUAAGUGAGGCUCAAAUAAAAUCCCGCUUUUUAGGAAUGAUUGAACUUAGAAAAGAGCCACCCAAAAAUGUUGCCGUCGAAGUGAUCAAUGUUUUAAAAAGGUACGACAUUAAAGUAGCCCAAAUAGUGUCAGCUACAUCCGAUAACGGAGAGCCCAUAGAAGAAAGCGGAGACGACUGUUCCAACGAAGAGUAUCUCAAAAAAAUCGAGUUGGUAGAAAAAUUACCCAACAUCCUAUUAGGACAUGUUCGAGUCUCUCGCUGUGCUGCUCACAGUGCCCAACUUUGUGUCCUUGAUGUUACAAAAUCCUCGGAAAUAAUCAAUUACAUAUUCACUUGUCGUAAUUUGACGAAAUAUAUCAGAAAACCAUCGAACCGAUAUCACGAAACUUUUGAGAAAAAACAACUAAAGAUGCCCCAGCUAGACUGCCCCACCAGAUGGGGCUCAACCUAUGCGAUGUUGGAACAUUUGAAGCUUGCUAAAGACGUGAUACCCAAAAACGAAUCGGUGAGAAGUAACAUUCAAGACGGAAGCUAUGUAAUAGACUCGUUUUGGGAAUUUAUCGAAAGCUAUUGCGUCGUAUUCGGUCCCUUGCAAAAAACAAUACUCAAAUUCCAAGAGGAGCAACUGCACUACGGCAAUUUUUAUGCUCAAUGGUUAAAAUGCAAGAUAUGCACUGAAAAAAUCGUAAAGGAUGCCAGUCACACUUUGACGACAACAAUAGGAAAUAUAAUUUUGAACUCCAUCGAUAAGCGAACAAAAAAAUUUAUGAAUAGUAAACGUUUAGUUUCGUGUUUGUAUUUGGAUCCUCGAUUCCAUCAUACCUUGACAGCAGAGCAAAAAGUGAAAGCUAGAGAUUAUUUAAAACAAGUUUGGGAUAGAAUCACGGAAGUUAAUCCCGAGGUCACUUGUUCAGCAUCGAUGGUUUCGAUUCCAGAUCAAUCCGUUGGCUUUGACGAAGAAGAUGAGUUACUAAACCAAUACUUGACUCAAGGACUACUUGAAGCGAACGUUGGAAGUAAAAGCGAUGUGUAUACAAAGAUUGAGACUCUUCAGCUUCCAACAUCACAGAAUUGAUGUAGACGUUUUAUCGUUUUGGCAAGCGAAAGAGAACUCUGAUCAGGAGCUGUAUGCAAUAAGCAAGGUGUGCUUUGCAAUACCGCCCACUCAGGUGGCGAUGGAGCGACAAUUUUCUACGCUACGACUGAUGCUUACUGACGAUUGGAAUCAACAUGGUCAGGAAACACUAGAAAACAUAUUGUUGGUGAAAUUAAAUCCAAAUUUUCUUGAAUCAGCCAUUGACCAGUUGCCGAUUUUUCAAAACGACCACGAUCCCCCCCCGAUAGAAUCUAUAAAAGAUGAAUAAUUUUAAAUGAACAAUUUACAAAAAAAUUAAAUAUUGAAUGACAAAAACGAUUUUUUAAAACGACCAAAGUGUGAUGGACAUUAAAAAAACUAAUAGUAAUAAGUAAAAAAUUUCUGCAAAACAAAGCGUAAAACUUCGUCGGCGACUGCCGAAGGUAAAAAUCAACUGGCACUUUUUCACUUUGACGACUUGCACCAGCCGUGGGCCGACUGACGUCAGUUUUCGUUACUCAGGAAAGUGGAAGUAAAACAAAAGGCUGCAGCUUUGACUGCGAAUUCUUAUUUCGUCUAUUUAUAUAACUACAAUAUGUAGUCUAUAACUACAAUAGUAAAUAUGAAAUAGUUUAAGCAUAAACAUCUAUUUAUCUAAAUUUAUUUCCAUGCAUUUUCGCUCGGAUUUAUUUUCCCGCAACGUUUUGCAACACUAAAAACCACAUAAAUUUGAAUUACGAAAAAGUGUGCCAAGUUUUUCAAAGUUUGCGCGAAUCUAGUUACAAGUUGACACAAAUAUGCACAUGAGCAUAAAACGGGCUGCAUAUAUGCGGCCAUAAAUCACGGGCCACGUGGAUACGCAGUGCGUAUGCUAUAUGCAAAUGAAUACCGCUACAAAGUGCCGGCGAUAAAACGCUGCCGACUUAUCGCCAGUGGAAGCGCCGCCAAGUCGCCGCCAACAAUUUUUGGAGGUCUAGGCGUGGCCGGGGCCCUCCCGAUGGUGGACCUGGACUCUGAGGACGUGAUAGACUUGUCGGAUCUGGGGGAGGCUAUAUUCGGUAAUCCGGACAGCGAGACCACGGGCGUCCUGGUCGAUGCCCAUGAUGAGCAGUCCCAACAGAAUCCCGAGGAGCUGGGAACCUACUACGAAGGCGACAUCCUCAUUCCUCUAAGUUAUCGCGAGGCGCGUUCCAACGGCACCCGCAACGGCAUCCUCGCGCAGAGCUUCCGCUGGCCGGGAGCCGUCGUGCCCUACGAGAUCAAGGGUCCCUUUACGACCCAAGAGCUGGGCAACAUUAACCACGCCUUCAAGGAGUACCACACCAGGACCUGCGUGCGCUUCAAGCCGCGCUCCACCGAAAAGGACUAUAUAUCAAUUGGAAGCGGAAAGUCGGGCUGCUGGAGCAGCAUUGGGCGACUGGGCGGACGCCAGGAGGUCAAUCUGCAGUCGCCCAACUGCCUCCGGACCUAUGGCACCCCCAUACACGAACUGAUGCAUGCCCUGGGCUUCUUUCACGAGCAGAAUCGCCACGAGCGGGACUCGUACGUCAAGGUGAUGAGCGACAACAUCAAGCCCGACAUGAUGGCCAAUUUCGAAAAGGCCAGUUCCAGGACCCAGUCGGGAUUUGGCGUGGACUACGAUUAUGGCAGCGUUAUGCACUAUUCGAGCACCAGCUUCACCCGGAACGGACAGCCAACGCUGAAGGCGCUGCGCCCCAGUUCCGCGGCCAGUCAGAUGGGACAGCGCAAGGGUUUUUCCGCUGGAGAUGUGCGCAAGAUCAAUGCCAUGUACAAGUGCAAGGUGUAACUGAUUGAAAUGAUCUCUCUGAUCCGAUUUGGUUUAUUGGAAAAAUACAAUAUAUCUAUACAUA